CAUGCAAUAAUACAACGAGCCAGCACAAGGCUACCUCUCUUCCUGUAACAUCCCCCCUCUCUCUGCGAGAAAAGAAAAGGAGAAAAGAAUUGAAACAACUGGCUUUUCUGUAGCAUUGGUCUCUUUACUUUUCUUUUUUUCAUGAGUCCUUGCGCAACUGUCGUCAAUCGCGGCGCUCUUUCUCUACUUUCAAGACGUUGGUCAAUUCCUGUUUUUGUUCACGUCGCGUGUGAACGUAGUGCACUGCACCAAACGCACUCACCAUGGAUUCCGAUAAUAUGGAGGAGUCGGCCUUUGACGACUUCGAUAACGAGUCAGAUGGCUACUCUCCAGAGCCGAAACCUAAGGCCAAGGCUCCUGCAAAGAAAGCAGCAGCCAAACCAGCUGUAAAAGCUACAUCAAAGAAAAUGGUUCAGACAACCCUAAAAACGACUAAGACUGCUCCUAAGAAACGCUCAAAGCCUGACAGCGACGAGGACGACGGCGGCGAUGAUGGUGACGAUGUCUCGGGCUUCUCCAACACCCCCCCAAGCGCAAAGAAGCAAAAGAAGGCGCCUGCCGCCAAGAAGUCUAGUGGUCCACCCUUGGGCGAGAUCGAGAACGAUAGUAUGAUGCUCGACGACUCGAAACCGUCAAAGAAGAAGACGGCUACGGAGAUGUAUCAGAAGUUGACACAACUCGAGCACAUUAUCAAGCGACCUGAUACAUACAUCGGUUCUGUCGAGCGCACUGAGCAGCAGAUGUGGGUCUUCAAUAAGGAGACCAGCCAGAUGGAACUACGACCCAAGGUUGGCUUUGUGCCCGGUCUCUACAAAAUCUUCGACGAAAUUCUCGUCAACGCUGCGGACAACAAGCAGCGCGAUCCGAGUAUGACGUACAUGAAGGUGUCUAUCGACCGUGCAGAAGGUCGGAUUACAGUCGAGAACAACGGCAAAGGUAUCCCGGUAGAGAUCCACGACAAGGAAAAGGUCUAUAUUCCCGAAUUAGUUUUCGGACACCUCCUUGCCGGUUCCAACUUCGAUGAUGACGAGAAAAAGACCGUAGGUGGUCGAAACGGUUAUGGUGCUAAGCUUUGUAACGUCUUCAGUACUGAAUUUACCCUAGAAUGCCAAGACUCUAAGAAUGGAAAGAGAUAUAAGCAGACGUGGAGGGAUAACAUGGGCAAGAUGGAGAAGGCAAAAAUAUCUAGCAGCAAAUCUAGCGACUUUGUUCGCGUCAGCUUCAAACCUGAUUGGAACAGGUUUGGUAUGCCUGAAGGCAUCGACGAUGAUCUCGAGUCGCUGCUUUACCGUCGAGUCUAUGAUAUGGCUGGUACGGUGCGCGGUAUCAAGGUCUACCUCAAUGACAACCAUAUCAAGCUGGACUUCAAGAAGUACUGCGAAAUGUACGCCAAAGCUAUUGCUCUUGAACGAGGUGCCGAAGAGGGUAUUGAACCUACGAGUACCGUCAUUCUCGAGGACAACAAAGCCCAUGCUCGAUGGGAGAUUGCCUUUGCCGUAUCAGACGGCUCUUUCCAGCAGGUCUCCUUCGUCAACUCUAUUGCUACUACUUCUGGUGGUACGCAUGUCAACUAUAUUGCUGACCAAAUCUGCGAGUCGUUACUCAAGACUUUGAACAAGAAAAAGAAGGGACAUGCGUUGAAGGCCAAUCAUAUCCGUAACCACAUCUUCAUCUUUGUCAACUGCUUGAUUACCAACCCUGCGUUCACUUCGCAGACUAAAGAGCAGAUGACUACCAAGCUCAGCCAGUUCGGAAGCAAAUGUGUCUUGACUGAAGGAUUCCUCAAGAAGAUUAGCCAGACGGAUGCUAUCAACAACAUCAUUCAAUUUGCGGAAGCCAAGGCCGAUAAGCUGCUUGCCAAGAGUGACGGCAACAAACGAUCGAGAAUCAGUAACGCAAAGCUUGUCGACGCCAACUUGGCAGGGACCAAGAAUGGCUGGCAGUGUACUCUGAUCUUGACAGAAGGUGAUUCCGCCAAGAGUUUGGCUGUGGCUGGCCGUGCCAUUCUGGAUCCGGACAAGAUUGGUGUCUUCCCCCUUCGAGGUAAGAUGCUGAACGUUCGUGAUGCUUCAAUCGACCAGAUCAUGAAGAAUCAAGAAAUUCAAAACAUCAAGCAGUUCCUCGGGUUGAAGCACAAGACUGUUUAUACCGAUACCAAAUCCCUUCGGUAUGGUCACCUCAUGAUCAUGGCCGAUCAGGAUCACGAUGGUAGCCAUAUCAAAGGUCUUCUUAUCAAUUUCCUUCAAGUUCAAUACCCCUCCCUUCUUAAGAUUCCCGGUUUCUUUCAAGAAUUCAUCACGCCCAUCGUAAAGGUCUGGCAAGGCCCGAAUCCCAAGAAGCCCUUGAGGCUGAAAUCAUUCUUCACUCAACCUCAGUACGAGGAAUGGAAGGAGGAGCACAAGCACGAGUUGAAAAAAUGGGAGUCGAAGUACUACAAGGGUCUGGGUACCAGCGACAACAAUGACGCCCAGGUCUAUUUCCAAGAUCUUGAUACGCACUUGAAGACUUUCGACGUGAUGCGUCCUGAAGAAGCCGAAUUAAUUGAGCUUGCUUUCUCCAAGAAGAAGGCGGAUGCUCGUAAAGAAUGGCUUGGCAACUUUGUCCCGGGAACCUACCUUGACCACGCUAUUAAGCAGGUCACAUACAACGACUUUGUUAACAAGGAGUUAAUUCUGUUCAGUAUGGCUGAUAACAUGCGGUCCAUCCCCUCGGUUGUUGACGGCUUGAAACCUGGUCAGCGAAAGGUUAUCUACGCUUGUCUGAAGCGAAACUUGAUCAAAGACAAGAAGGUCGUUGAAUUGGCUGGUUAUGUAUCUGAACAAACAUCAUACCACCACGGUGAAAUAUCUCUGCACCAGACUAUCAUCGGGCUUGCUCAGAACUUUGUCGGUUCCAACAAUGUCAACUGUCUCGAACCGAGUGGUAACUUCGGUUCCCGACUUCAAGGUGGUUCAGAUGCUGCUAGUCCUCGUUAUAUCCAUACUCGCCUCUCUCCUUUCGCCCGUCGCGUGUUCUCACCUCUAGACGAGCCCAGACUAGAAUAUCAAGUUGAAGACGGAAAGAGAAUCGAACCCAAGGUUUACGUGCCCGUUAUCCCUAUGAUCUUGGUAAACGGCGCGGAUGGUAUCGGUACCGGUUGGAGUACAUCAAUCCCAAACUAUCACCCUCUGGAUAUUAUUAGAAACCUGAAGCGACGUAUGGGACGCAUGGACGGUGAAGACGAAAAGCCGUUCGAGACGAUGACUCCUUGGUUCAGAGGCUGGAAGGGUACCCCACAGCCCGCCGACGCUAAUCGUUACCAGUUCAACGGUAUUGCGACCGUCGACGAGAGGAAGCCUAAUGAGGUCAUCAUCACCGAAUUGCCUAUUCGCAUGUGGACUGAUGAUUUCAAGGCAAAGCUUGAGGAAAUCAUCCGAGCUGAAAAGACUCCUUCAUUCAUCAAGGACUACAAGGAAUUCAACGACCACAACACUGUCCACUUCGAAAUUCAGUUGGAUGAGAAGCACAUGGCCCAAGCCUUACAGGAGGGCCUGCUCGAGAAGUUCAAGUUGGUUAAGCAGGUCGCUACAUCUAACUUGGUUGCAUUCGAUACUCGUGGCAUGAUCCGCAAAUACGAAAAGGUGGAAGAUAUCCUGGAAGAGUUUUACAACUACCGUAUGAACAUGUAUACUGAACGAAAGAUGCAUUGGCUUGGUGUCUACGACGCGGACUAUCGCAAGUUGAAAAGCCAGGCUAGAUUCAUUCAGGAGAUCAUGGACGGCACGCUAGUGGUAUCUCGCAAGAAGAAGCAAAUCAUCAUAGAGGAGCUUCGUGAGCGGAAAUACGAGUCCUUCCCUAAAGGACAAGAUGCUAAGAAGACCAAAUCGGAAGAGGAAGAGGAAGAAGAGAACAACGAGGAAGAAACAGUCGACGAAACUAGCGAAGCAUCAAAUGGCUACGAUUACCUUCUUUCCAUGCCGAUCUGGUCGUUCACCCAAGAGCGACUCGACCGUCUCAAAGAGCAAAUUAUCAAGAAGAAAGCUGAGCGAGAUACGCUCGAUGCGCUCAGCGAGAAGGAUCUCUGGUGUAAAGAUCUAGAAGACUUUGAGCAAGUGUGGGAGACUCAAAUGCGCCUCGAGCAGGAGAUAGCUACUGGAAUCCGUAGGAAGGGUCGCCGCACAUCAAAGAAGAUCGGCGCUGGCGGUGGUGGAAGAGGCCGUAAGGUAAAGGAUGAGGAGGAUGACUGGGCCCCAGCAGCCAAAUCAAAGCCAGGUCCCAAGACUGCAGCCAAACCCGCUGCACCAAAACCAAAAGAUCCGCCUAAGGAAAAGUCUGUUCAACGUUUUGCAGCCAUGUUCAAUGGCGGUUCCAAGAAAGACACAGCAGGUGGUGGGGCGGAUUCGGACUCGGACCCAUUCUCAGACGAUGACUUUGCUAAACUGAAGAAGCCGACUAAAAAGGAGAAAGCCGAAGCUGAUGACUCGGAUGUAGAGAUCCUACCGGCACCUCGAACCAAACGUGCCGCAGCUUCGAAAGCCAAGAAGUUCAUCGUGGAUGACGACGAGUCAGAAAGUGAUGACGACAAGAUGCUCGGUGAUGUCGGUGAUUUGGUCAAGGGUAUUACGAACGGCACUAGCAGCACGUCCGAGAACAAGACAGGUCGACUUAGCUUGUUUUCCAUGUCGAGACCGGAUAGCAGCAGUGGUAACAGUAGCGGGUUGAAAGUUAAGAGCAAGCCCUCGAAGGCCUUAGAUCUGGAUGAUCAUGACGACACCAAUUAUGAGAUGCUGGCCAAGCCAUCACCCUUUAAGACUACCCGUCGAGAUGACUUGGACAGUUUCCUCUCCGACGAUGAUUUACCCCCUGUUUCUAAGCCUCUGAGCAAGUCGAAGUCCUCAAAGGAGGAGCCUAAACUUAAGCCCAAGUCUAAGCCGGUAGCUGUCGCCACCAGCACCAGCGAGCCUGCAGUCAAGAAAAGCCGUGGCCGGCCUGCUGGAACUAAGACCAACAAGUCUAAGGAAGAUGCGCCCGCAAAGAAGGUAACGGCGUCUAAAGCUACAAACUUAUCACCAGCGGCGAAGGCUUAUGCUGCUAAGAAGAAUAAGGCAAAGCCGAAGAAGGAUGUUUUCGACAUGGAUGAUGAUGAAGACGACGACGUUGAGAUGGCUGAAGCCGACUCAUCACCCCCGCCGAGACCAGCGGCUCGUGGCAGACCUGGGCGAGCGGCAGCAUCUAAGUCAAAGCCAGUCUACAUCAUUGACGAUGAUGACGAAGAUGAAGACAGCUUGCAGCUCCCCAACGACGACGACGACGAUGAUGACGAUGGCGAACCGAGCGAUGCUUUCGCUAUGGACGACAGCGAGUGAUUGUUAGUAGCUGACUUUACGCAUACUUGUCGGUCAACGAGCUACCACUCGCAACGAAAAUCAGUAACAGGAUACAAAAAUCAUGUUAUAGGUAAACGAUCCUGAUCGUUAAUUUCAUCUCGGCGUCGGUGAGGAACAAGGAUGGUGUGGUAGCAGAUACCUUUUUGGUGACUAGGCGGAUGAGGGGUGAGGGAGGAUUUGAUCGAGGGGUGACGAUUAAUCACGAGGCGUUGGUGGUUGGUCUUGUCUUUGGUUGCUUAAUUUAAGGUACCUAUUAAUUUUGCUGCUUUGCCUUUUUCUGAUAUACGGUAUUCUGUUUACGUACAUGUAUAUGUAUACUAGAUAGGAGAAUGUCCUCUCAUCAAUUCUAUCUCGUAAGCAUGAA